AAAUACAAGGACUGUCUUUGGAAGCAGAUAUCCUCACACUUUUUCAAGAUUUUAAUAUUUCAAGGGAUUUCUAUUGCCGGCGGUCCCAAGUUCAUUCGAUUUGAUCGUUUAGGAGUUAUAUACGUAGAUUCGAUGCCGUUUUAAAAAUGCACCAUGAAGAGUAGGAACCUUUGUUUAGUAGAGGAACAUUAUAUUGUGGCGGACCAAGAUGGCCGCGCUCUACAGGGGAGCGAAGUGUCUUAGUUUCGUUAGGAGCUCUGCUCGGGUCCUGCUGAGCAGAAAUGCUGCGGUCCGCAAACCGAGCAAAUGGUCAGAUAUUGUUUUGAGAGGUGUGACGUCUUUUGCCGUCGGCGGUGGCCUCUGUGCUGUACCAUUUAAACAGGUGGAAGACCUCUCUCACGACUCCCUCAUCAGACGGGCAGCUUCUCUGGUCACAGACAGUUCAAGCACUUUUCUCUCUCAGACCACUUUGGCUCUCAUAGAUGCCUUAAUAGAGUACUCAAAGGCUGUGCACACGCUCGUUGCCCUGCAAAAGCAAUAUCUGGCCUCUCUGGGGAAACUCACUCCGGCACAGGAGGACACAAUCUGGCAGGUCAUCAUUAGCCAACGUGCUAAGGUUCAGGACCAGCAAGAUGAAUGCAAGCGCUUCGAGUUGACCUGGGUCAGCGCGGUGAGGCUGUGCGAGACGGCCGCAGAGGCAGCGUACAUAUCGGGAGCCGAGCAUGCGUCAGUCACAGCCAGAACAAACAUUCACCUGGCCCAGUCGCAGGUGGAGGAGGCCCAGAAACUCUCACUGGAUGCAGACAAGAAGUUGGCCGAGGCGAAAGUGAUGGAGGUUGAAAGAAUGGCACAACAUGCUGCCAGUAGUGAUGAUGAGGAGGAGGUGCCUGAGGCUUAUCUGAGAGAAGACUGAAACCCGUUCUCACAGGUAUCAGAUAACAGUCAUUUGUACAAUCCAAACAGCAUCCUCUGUUUUUUUUUUUCAAAUGUUUUUUUCCCCCACUCAUUUAUGAUCAUUCACACACAUACACCACAGUCCGGAUAAAUAAUUACAAAAGAAGAUUAAUGUUCAAACCUUUCCAUACAUAUUAUGCUGUUUAAGGUAAUUUACCUGGUAUCAGGUUGCAUUGAUGCCCCACCAUGUUGCUCUUUUUACUUCACCAUCAAAUUUAUGUAUUCGUCUGUCAAAAUUCAUCUCAAUAAAAACACCCUUGUUUUGUUGCCAUAUUUGUGUUACAGUAUUUAUUUGAACAACAAGACCAUAUUGAAGUUGAACUAACGAUGCAUGGAAAUCAGUGUAUUCACCUCACUUUGUUGCUUUAGAAUGAAAGUAUUAAAGUAGUGCUUUAAUUUAUUGUUAUUGUGAACAGAUUUGAUAUGUGAUGUAUAUCUACCAACAAUUUGAGCAAAAAUAUCCUUUUUGGUCAUCUUUC